AUGGGAUUUUCACAAUCUCAUUAUGAUUACUCACUCUUUACUAAGAAAAUAGGUAAAGAUCUUCUAGUCAUCUUGGUUUAUGUUGAUGAUCUCCUGGUUACUGGGAGCAGUUUGCAUCAUAUACAACAAAUAAGGGAGGAACUACAACAAAGGUUCAGAAUGAAAGAUCUUGGUGAGCUUAAAUAUUUUCUUGGAAUUGAAUUCUCCAGAUCUAAGGAAGGUGUACUGAUGAAUCAAAGGAAGUAUGCUUUAGGACUUGUGUCUGAGUUGGGAUUAGCAGGUUGUAAGCCUUCUUCUACACCCUUGGAGUUUAAUCACAAGCUAACUUCUACUGUGUUUGAUGAAGUUAUUGGAAAAAAUACUAAUGCAGAAGACUUAAUCCUUGAUGAGUUUGGAAAAUAUCAGAGACUAAUAGGAAAGUUAUUAUACUUAACCAUGACUAGACCUGAUAUAGCUUUUGUAGUACAGGUUCUUAGCCAAUAUAUGCACUCACCAAAAUCAUCUCAUAUGGAAGCUGCACUUAGAGUAGUGAGAUAUAUAAAAGGUACUACAGGCCUUGGAUUGUUCAUGCCAAGUAACAAAAACAAUGAAAUGGUAGCUUAUUGUGACUCAGACUGGGGAGCUUGUGUAGAAACAAGAAGGUCAGUUACUGGUUAUAUGAUUAAACUAGGAGGAGCACUGGUGUUUUGGAAGUCAAAGAAACAAAGUACAGUAUCAAGGAGCUCAUUGAUAGAGCUUCGUCACAGAAUAAGAAGUAACGUGAUUAGUUGCUCCGUUGUCCAAGAUCCAUGA